AUGGACACACUGAAGCUCAAGAAGGCCUGGGAAACGGCCCUCGCCCCGGCUAAGAGCCUCCCCAUGACCGCCUUCAUGAUGUACAUGUCCGGCAACUCGCUCCAGAUCUUCAGCAUCAUGAUGGUCUUCAUGGCCUUCAAGAACCCGCUCAUCGGCCUCCUCAACGUCAACGCCGCCUUUGCCCGCUUCGAGUCCGAGUCGAACCGCGACAAGAUGCUGCAGGUCAAGAUGGCCUACGUCGCCAUGCAGAUCCUCGCCCUCGCCGUGGGCGUGUGGAAGAUUAAUGCGAUGGGGUUAUUGCCAACCACUCGGUCGGAUUGGCUGGCUUGGGAACAUCUGAGGGAACCUCUGGAGCGAGCUGUCCCGGCUUUGUGA